AUGGGAUAGAAUUAACUGCUGUAAUUAAAAAGGUGUCCUUUUUUCUCUAAGCAGCCAAUUUCUUUCUUCCCUCUUCAAAAAAAGAAGGAUUGGUUUCUUUCUUUUAUUAAAUCCUCUACUUUGCUUACUCCAGUAAAUCAACUUUUGGUUGUAAUGUUUAAACUUAUUCUUUUUUUGGUUAAUCAAUAAAGAGAUUAUCCAACCUUGGAAAACAAGUUCUAGUUUCAAAUGAUCAAAUAACCUCUUCUAAUUCACUAAUUUUACUUUUUCUGCUUAAAACAGGUUGAGAUUAGGUAGGAAACGAUCUUUACAUAUAUUAUAUUUAAUUUAUUAAUCUGUAAUCAAAUUCAAUGA